AUGUCGGCGGCGGAGGGCGGCUGGGACGGGAAUCGGCGGCGGCGGGGGGGCGCUGGAGGCAGCGGCUCGGGCGGAGGGUGCAGCGGGGACGGGCCCGGGGCGGCGCCGGCCGGGGGGCUCCUCAACCGCUUCGUCCAGCUGCCGGGCAGGCCCCACCUGGCAGGCUCUAAGAAGAAAAUACGAUUGGUCCUAAUUAGACGCUUCCCUCGGUCUCGUCCCAUCCUAAAGGUCCGUAAGAGGUCUUUCAGAGCAGGUCACCGAGCCCCACCAGCAAGGAGCGGCCAUCGUUGUGUAGCAGAUAACUCCAACCUGUACGUGUUCGGAGGGUAUAACCCGGACUACGAUGAAUCUGGCGGGCCAGAGAAUGAAGACUACCCUCUCUUCAGGGAACUUUGGCGAUAUAACUUUGCUACAGGCGCAUGGCAUCAAAUGGGCACCGAGGGCUACAUGCCUAGAGAACUAGCAUCCAUGUCACUUGUGUUGCAUGGGAACAACCUGUUGGUAUUUGGUGGCACCGGGAUCCCAUUUGGGGAGAGCAACGGCAAUGACGUCCACGUCUGCAACGUGAAGUACAAGCGAUGGGCCCUGCUCAGCUGCCGAGGGAAGAAACCCAAUCGUAUAUAUGGACAGGCUAUGGCUAUCAUUAAUGGAUCCCUAUAUGUUUUUGGAGGAACAACUGGUUACAUUUAUAGCACAGAUCUACAUAAAUUAGACCUUAACACUAGGGAAUGGAUACAACUGAAACCAAACAACAUGCACUGUGACAUGCCAGAGGAGAGGUACAGACAUGAAAUUGCACAUGAUGGUCAGAGGAUUUAUAUCUUGGGAGGUGGAACUUCCUGGACCGCUUAUUCCUUGGAUAAGAUCCAUGCAUACAACCUUGAAACAAACACCUGGGAGGAAAUUGCAACGAGACCUCAUGAGAAAAUAGGUUUCCCAGCAGCCAGAAGAUGCCACAGUUGUGUACAAAUAAAAAAUGAUGUGUUUGUCUGUGGGGGAUAUAACGGAGAAGUGAUAUUGGGAGACGUCUGGAAGCUGAAUCUUCAAACUUUCCAGUGGGUGAAACUCCCAGCUGUCAUGCCUGAACCAGUUUAUUUUCACUGUGCUGCUGUCACACCGGCUGGCUGCAUGUACGUCCACGGAGGGGUGGUCAACAUCCACGAAAACAAACGGACUGGCUCCUUGUUUAAGAUGUGGCUAGUAGUCCCCAGCCUCCUGGAACUGUCAUGGGAGAAGCUGUUGGGAUUCUUCCCUCAUCUAGCAACUCUUUCCAGAUCGCAGCUUUUGCACCUUGGCCUCACACAGGGACUCAUUGAGCGAUUGAAAUGAGAGCUCUUCGCUGUUCUCACUCUGCCCUAGAAACACUAAAGAGAC